UGCGUCUUGUUCGUUUCUUCCACGAAGAUCAUGAGAGAAUCCAAUUUCAGCCUUAACCUCAUCCCAACAGGAGACCGAGCACCAGACCACCCAAUUACAAAGACAAAACGGGAUUGGGAACAUUAAAUCACUUGCACGAAGCGGAGAUCAAAGAUAAAGGAAAUACAAUGUGACAAUCGAGCAGAUCGCGAAACGAGUUCAAAAGAAUUUGAUAAUCUAAUUAUAAAUGCACCCAAACUUUUGGGCGGCCUUUGAUUAAUCUGCAUUUAACUUCUGCAAAUAAUAUUAGUCAUCAUGGCCGCAUCUCGUCUAAUUCUUAACCUGUGUGCAUAAUAUGGCGUCAUGGCUGUACAUUUCUGGACUUUUUGGCGACUGUGUGUUAUAGGCAUAAGCAUAACUAAGCACGUUUGUAGCGCACCAGUUCCUUCUAAACACGUCAAUUUGAUUGUUUUUGUUAAAACGCUCAGGGUUUAACACAUUACCUCGUACCACAUUCUACACCUUGCCGCUUGGAAAUCGGCCAAACUUGUGUCUGGUAUCAAGCUAGCCUGAACAGAUACUUUCAGACAUCUAAUUUCUUCACCUCAUUCCUGAGACAGGACUGCGCCCACCCCUUGUGUAAGCAAUUUAAACCUGAUAGCAAACGAUCAUCUGCCUAUCUUUACACUGCAAAUAUCUGUUAACUUUAGAUCGACUCAAUAUCUCAUGCGCUUCCAAUAUCUAAUGAGCUUCUUUUACCAUUCUCUUUGUCAUAUAAGCGUUAUGGUUUAUAUGUACAAAGAUCCAUCCGGGCGGUAAACCUCUUCUGAUCGAUUUAUUUUUUAAUGCAAGACAAAGUAGAACUUUGAUUUGUGCAAUCGAGAAGCUGUCAAGACUCCUGUCUGACCGCGCGCCUGUGUUGUUUUCUUACUCAUGGAAAUGCUCAGUACAAGUGCCUGAAUGUGCACACCGACAAAACUUUUAGUAAUAUGAAUUUAUUGCCAAGUGGAAAAUGUUUUUAUUUAUCUGUAGUAAUCUGCUGGCUAACGUCAAGGGUCGGCGGAUCUUUAUGGUACAUGGGAACCCUUGGUUCGCAAGUGAUGUGCGACAACAUCCCAGGGUUAGUCAACAAACAGCGGCAGCUGUGCCGCCAGCAUCCCAACAUUAUGCAGGCGAUCGGAGCCGGGAUUAAAGACUGGAUCGGGGAGUGCCAACAUCAGUUUCAGAACCACCGCUGGAACUGCAAUACCAUAGAGCGAGACCACAAUGUGUUCGGACGCCUACUGCUGCGUAGCAGUCGUGAAGCAGCCUUUGUGUACGCCAUCUCCUCGGCCGGGGUGGUCCACACCCUGACCCGAGCCUGCAGCCAGGGAGAGCUGCAGUCGUGCUCCUGCGACCCCACCAAGAAGGGCUCGUCCCAGGACGCCAAGGGGGCGUUCGACUGGGGCGGCUGCAGUGACCACGUGGAGCACGCCAUGAGGUUCAGCCAGGCCUUUGUAGAUGCCAAAGAGCGGAAGGAGCGAGAUGCCAGGGCUCUGAUGAACCUUCACAACAACCGCGCCGGGAGGAAGGCAGUGAAGCGAUUAAUGUCUCUGGAGUGUAAGUGUCACGGCGUGAGCGGCUCCUGCAGUGUACGGACCUGCUGGCUGGCCCUGGCCGACUUCCGCCGCACGGGCGACCAUCUGCGGCGGCGCUACAACGGGGCAGUGCAGGUGGUCAUGAACCAGUAUGGCACGGGCUUCACCACCGCACAGCGGCAUCUCAAACGGCCCAGCAAAAACGACCUGGUCUACUUCGAGGACUCGCCAGACUACUGCAUACGAGACCAAGAGUCCGGUUCGGUGGGGACAGGCGGGCGGGUAUGCAACCGGACAUCUCGCGGCGUGGACAGCUGCGAGGUGAUGUGCUGUGGCCGGGGCUACGACACAUCGCACCUCAGCCGCAACACCAAGUGUGAGUGCAAGUUCCACUGGUGCUGCGCUGUACACUGCCGGGACUGCAAGCUAGAUGUGGAUGUGCACACCUGCAAGGCCCAGACGUGACCAUUGCGAACCACCAACCAACCGUUUGCACAACGUCUGUCUGAAAUGGCAGCCUAUUCCCUCUUUAGUGCACUACGUUUGACCAUGGGCCCCUAUGCCACAUGUCGGCUACUCCGCCAAUAAUGCCCUUUUACAGUCCAAAGAUACCCAAUCUAAUUUCGUUCUUCCCUUACAUUCCAUUAUAUUUAUUUACUAGUUUUUUUCCCGAGUACAAAAUAACCUUUAUGUAAAUACAAACUUUAUGUAAUUUAAAAGAAAGUUCAGUAUAGAUGGGUUAGCUGACCACGUCACAAACUGUGUGUGCACUUCCAUGGGGCAGAAGUCAGCGUGGUGUGAUUCUGCAUGGCCAGAUUGCUAGCAAGAAUGACAAGAAACUGCCAUGUGGGGAAUCGUAAGUGGCUCGUUUCAUGUUAUUCUUGAUACCAGGUCUUGUUUUGAGGUGUUUUGGCUGAUGUCAAUGCUAAAAUUAGAUAGCUAGCUAACCAACAACUGGAAAGAUGUAUUUGAGAGACAAGUGCUCAUUGUGCAAAUGUAUUUCUUUACAAUAAACAUUGGGGACGUUGUCAACUAUCUAAGCCAAUCCCCGUCUGUUUUGCCGCUAAACAACCAAAUGUCUAUAUAGUUUAUGGAAUCUGUUAGA